GCGUCCUUGGAGCCGUGAGAGACCGAGAGAGAGAGUGCGACCGUGAGCGAGCGAGCGGCCCCGACGCGGAGCUGCGCAGCCCCGACUGACUGUCACUGCGAUUCGGCGGAGUCCCCGCGGCACGACCCAACCGGCCGACCCCCGCAGCCGGACACGUCCCAAGCCCUGUCCUUGUCCCCCCCACCUACCCCCACCCCCAGACCCAGCGCUUUUCCCUUUCUCCUCCGCGAUCGCUGAAAGGAGCGCAACAAAAGCAAGAGCGGCGGCCAGAAAGAAGGAAAAAAGUAUAGGAUUAUCUUUUCGAGUCCGCUCGGGCAUUUCUGACGGAAAUGGACGGUUUCGCCGGCAGUUUGGAUGACAGCGUGUCGGCGGCCAGCGCGUCGGACGUGCAGGACCGGCUGUCGUCGCUGGAGCUGCGCGUGCAGCAGCAGGAGGACGAGAUCACGGUGAUGAAGGCGGCGCUGGCCGACGUGCUGAGGCGCCUGGCGCAGUCCGAGGACCCCGCACCUGCCACCAAGAAGCAAACCGCCGCCAAAGGACAGAACCCCCUGCGUGAGGCCUACUCCAUGUCCUGCAUCACCAAUGGCAGCUCCAGCAGCCGCAAGCCCAGCCACCGGGACGGGUCCUCAGUGUCUGUAGCCAGGAAGGAGACCGUGUCUUCUGCAGCCAAGAGUGGUCCAGAGAAUAAGCAGCAUAUGGAGGAGAUCAAGGAGAAAGCGGAGCCACGGGCUAACGAUAAAGCCCCCUCCCCCCACCCCCCUCAGUCACAAAGGCCCCCCCAGGAACACAAGAGCUCCACUCCUCUGAAAAGGGGUCACAGUACGAAGCGGGGGCCUGGAAUGGAGCGAUCCCAGAGCAGCACGUGGGACGCAGGGGAGGACGCCAGGAACAAGCUGGUAAAGGCGGCCUCGACCUCCAAGCUUCUGGCAAAGGUGGCUAGGAACACUGACAAGCACAAAGACACCACGAUCAGUCAGGCCAAAAUGUCGACACGAGAGAAGAACAGCCAAGAGGGAGAAUACAUCAAAAUGUUCAUGCGGGGCCGUCCCAUCACCAUGUUCAUCCCGUCGGAUGUGGAGAACUAUGAUGACGUGAAGACGGAGCUGCCCCCAGAGAGGUUGAAGCUGGAGUGGGUCUAUGGGUACCGGGGUCGCGACUGCAGGGCCAACGUGUAUCUGCUGCCCACUGGCGAGAUUGUCUACUUCAUCGCCUCCGUGGUGGUGCUCUUCAACUACGAGGAGAGAACGCAGCGCCACUACCUGGGCCACACAGACUGUGUCAAAUGCCUUGCCGUUCACCCCGACAAGAUCCGCAUCGCCACGGGACAGAUUGCCGGCGUGGAUAAGGAUGGGCGGCCCCUGCAGCCCCACGUCAGGGUGUGGGACUCGGUCUCGCUGAGCACCCUGCAGGUCAUCGGCCUGGGAACCUUCGAGAGAGGGGUUGGCUCGCUCUCCUUCUCCAAAGCCGAUUCCGGCGUCCACCUAGGUGUGAUCGAUGACUCCAACGAGCACAUGCUGACCGUCUGGGACUGGCAGAAGAAGUCCAGGAUCGCUGAAAUUAAGACCACAAACGAGGUGGUUCUGGCCGUGGAGUUCCACCCUACUGAUGCCAACACCAUCGUCACCUGCGGCAAGUCCCACAUCUUCUUCUGGACCUGGAGCGGCAGCUCGCUGGCACGCAAGCAGGGCAUCUUUGGGAAAUACGAGAAGCCCAAGUUCGUGCAGUGCCUGGCCUUCCUCAGCAACGGCGAUAUCCUCACUGGCGACUCGGGCGGAAUCAUGCUGGUUUGGACCCGCAGCGUGGCGGAGCCGGUUCAGAGCAAGGGGCCCAAAGUCCCAGCCCCAGGUGUCUACCAGAUCAGCCGGCAGAUCAAGGCCCAUGACGGCAGUGUCUUCACGCUGUGCCAGAUGAGGAACGGGACGCUGUUGACUGGAGGUGGCAAGGACCACAAGAUUAUUCUGUGGGACCAUGACCUGAAUGUAGAGCGAGAGAUAGAGGUCCCUGACCAGUAUGGGUCUAUUCGGGCAGUGGCUGAAGGCAAGGGUAACCAGUUUUUGAUAGGAACGUCGAAGAACAUGAUCCUGCGAGGCACGUUUAAUGAUGGCUUCCAGGUGGAGGUCCAGGGUCACACGGACGAGCUCUGGGGCUUGGCCACUCACCCCUUCAAGGACCUCUUCCUCACCUGUGCUCAGGACAGACAGAUGUGUCUCUGGAACGCUGUAGACCACUCCCUGGAGUGGACCAGGCUUCUUGAUGAGCACGGACACUGUGCGGACUUCCACCCUAGCGGUGCUGUUGUGGCUAUCGGGACCCACUCAGGAAAGUGGUACGCUCUCGAUGCCGAGACGAGGGACCUGAUCGCCAUCCAUACAGAUGGAAACGAGCAGCUGUCAGUCAUGCGCUACUCUGUAGAUGGCACCCUGCUGGCAGUGGGAUCACACGACAACUUCAUUUACCUCUACACAGUUUCAGAGAAAGGCCGGAAGUACAGCCGAUACGGGAAGUGCACUGGACAUUCCAGCUACAUUACACAUCUUGACUGGUCCCCCGACAACAAGUUCAUCAUGUCCAACUCAGGCGACUACGAAAUCCUUUACUGGGACAUUCCAAACGGCUGCAAGCUGAUCCGAAACCGCUCCGAGUGCAAGGACAUCGACUGGGCUACCUACACCUGUGUGCUGGGCUUCCACGUCUUCGGGGUGUGGCCCGAGGGCUCGGACGGGACAGACAUCAACGCCCUGGUCCGAUCUCACAACAGGAAGGUGAUCGCGUUGGCGGAUGACUUCUGCAAAGUACACCUCUUCCAGUACCCCUGCUCCCGGCCCAAAGCCCCGAGCCAGAAGUACAGCGCCCACAGCAGUCAUGUGACCAACGUCAGCUUCCUCCACAAAGACAGUCACCUGGUGUCCACGGGGGGCAAAGACACCAGCAUCGUCCAGUGGCGCCUCGUGGAGAAGACGCCUGCCCUGGUCCCGAGUGAGAACCCGCCCCUGGGGGAGGGGCUACACCUCAACUCCACCCCCAGGGCUGUGGCCUCGCCGCCGAUCCAGACGCCCACGCCCACUGAGUCCAUUCCACCGGCCGACACUGCAUCGCCUCCUUCUGAACCCACUGAGGCCACUGCCAACGGACAGCGGCCUGGCUCCCCCGACACACCGCCCCCGUCGGACGCCACACCACCCUCGUCCGACAGCCCGCUGACCCCCAAGGACAGCCUGGAGCCCAGUGAUGACGCAGCCACACCCAGUGACGAGUAUGCGCCAUCCAUCCCUUCGUAGGGAUGUAAGCCGGUCCGGCAUUUGCUCCCCGCUCUGUCCCAGGCUCCUCCUCCUCCUCCUCCUCCAGUCUCUGAGACUAAGCCAUUUUGGCUUCUAGGAGGAAUGGUGGCCAUUUUGGCUUCUAGGAGGAAUGGUGGCCAUUUUGGCUUCUGGGAGGAAUGGUGGCCAUUUUGGUUUCUCAUGCUACUUUUUAAAAUCUUUCUGUAUUUUUUGUUUCUUUUGUUUGAAGUCAUUGGUUGGAAAAUAAGGGGCAUGGUGUAGAAAAAGAAAGAAAAUAAUUGUA